CGCAACACUGCCGCUAUCAUGCAUACGCGGAUAGCGUGAGCAGGACAACAUCGGGUGAUAAAGUAAUUCGUUUUUCUGCUGAAAUUAUUCGACAUUUUGGCGUGUUUUGAUCCACUCAGUUUAGUGAGUUCUAAAGAAGACUAAUGGAGAUAUGUUCGUGCAUUAAUAUCCGUCAGAUAUAAAGGACGCCGAAGACCACUCAGUUCUCUUUUACGCAUAGGGCUCAUUGCAACGAAAAAUGUCACAGGACGAUGACGUCGGAUUUUUAUACAAAACAAUGAAGUUGGUGAAAACUGCACGAGGAUAUGGACAGUUUCUGCUGUAGAAAAAUACGCAGAUUUCGAUAAAAGUUUCCAAAGAUAUUAGGAGCAUCAUGAGUGGCACAUUUGAAAGAGAUCCUAAAAAAAGAAGGGUGAAGCCUGUUGAAUCAGCACAGCAAUCUUUACUUGACUUUGAUUUGGGUGAGAGCUCGGAUGAUAGUGAUUUUAGGAUUGAGGAUCAUUGUGAAGAGUCUGAUGAUGAUUCAGUAGAUUCUAAUGACGUCGGGAAAGAAGAGGAAGAUGUAUCUGAAGAAUCCGACGACUCGUUGGAAGAUCCAUUGUUAGGAGGAAAGAAUAAUGCCGGCUUAACUGUGGGAGAUAUAAUUGAACAGGCUCGACAGCAAGCUCUGAAGGGUGCUCCUCUAGAUGAAAAACUGAAUAAAAUGCUAAUAUGCUGCGGUUGCUUAGGAGACAGAAGUGAUGAUAUAAACGAGAUUGUUGAAUGCGAUGGUUGUGGUGUCAGUGUUCAUGAAGGUUGUUAUGGUGUGUCUGAUGUGGAAAGUUUUUCGAGUACUGAUUCUUUAUGCCAAUCAGCACCGUGGUUCUGUGAAGCUUGCAGUGCAGGUAUUGAAGAUCCAUCGUGCGAACUCUGCCCUAACAAGGGUGGCAUUUUCAAAGAAACGGAUGUUGGAAAAUGGGUUCAUCUAGUGUGCGCUCUUUAUGUACCCGGCGUUGCUUUCGGUGAAGUCGAUCGUUUGUCGAGUGUAACAUUAUUCGAAAUGGCAUACAGCAAGUGGGGUGCAAAGACUUGUUCCUUGUGUGAGGAUUCACGUUUCGCACGCACAGGUGUAUGCAUCGAAUGUGACGCUGGAAUGUGUCACACAUAUUUUCAUGUGACUUGUGCACAAAGAGAAGGUCUAUUGUCCGAAGCGCAUAGUGAAGAAGUUGAUCAAGCGGAUCCGUUUUAUGCGCAUUGCAAAUUACAUUCUGAUAAAUCGCUUGUUCGUCGUCGUAGACGUAAUUGGUUAGCUUUACAAUUGCGUGCACAGUAUCGGCAACAGAUGUUAAAGCAGCCCAAUCACUUGGAUACGGAUGAGCAACGUAGAAUUCAAAGAAAACUGGCGAAACACAGACACAAAUAUCUAGCUCACAAAGCAUCGCGACCACCGCCGUGGGUGCCCACACAAAAGAUGCCACGUUUAUUAACUACAUCCGCUUCUGCUUGCCGUCAAUUGGCAAGAAAAGCCGAACUGAUGGGCGUGGAUACAGCUGCAUUGGAAGCACAGGAAUCUCAGCUGGUGGCAUUAGUGGACGUUAGAAAAAAGUGGCACAUUGCUCCCGCCUUCAGCGUGGAAUUUAUCGGCUAUUAUUUGGACCGCAACUUACGCGUGACAUCGAUGAAGAGACGGUUGCAAGAACUCCUCGACAUUAACUCGCAAUUACUGAACGAACAGCAGAGGCUGGACAGAAAAUACGACGAAGUGAUGAAGGAUAACGAAGAACAGAUCAGAGUGAAUGUGACGUUGAAGGAAAAGAUUGAGCUGUAUCAUCAAGUACUUAAGGGUUCUGGGUACGUGAAGCUUUUGCCAUCGAUCGCCGAUUUAGCGAAGCCAAGAAUAACACCUACGCUUGGUACAGGAUUAGGCGUGCCUACGGCAGCCGCUUUGAAGAUGGGCGUCGGAUUUCCACUUCCGGUGGGUAAAGGCAUCGAGGGCAUACGCGAGGGUAGAGUGUUGAGCAGUCAGGCGCAAGAACAGAAUCACAAAAGCGAGCUCACGACUUUACGACAUCAGUGCGGCAUCUGCAGACGAUCGACCAAUCAACAUCUUCUCGCUAAAUGCGACACGUGUCAUUUACACUAUCAUUUAUCUUGCUUAAGCCCACCUCUGGCACGUAUGCCUAAAAAAACAAGACAGAUGGGCUGGCAAUGCUCAGAGUGUGAUAAGGAAUCCUCGGGCUCGGAGGUGGAACGUGUGGACACGUCGGCGCCUCGCAAAUUGAGACAUUGUAAAGAUGAUGCUAAUUUAACGCCUACAUCAUUGCAGGAACUGCAAGCAGCGGUGACGCCGAGCACGCCUACUACGUCAAAAAAUUCUAUCAGCAGUAUAACAAAUGUUACUGUUUCUGACUCGCACACAACACCAAAGCUAACUAUUAAACCAAUGGGUCCACUACCAUCGACCGUAGAACCUACUCAGGCAGCUGAAUCAAUAUACAAUCAACAAUCUGUGAAUAAUAUCAUCAUAAGAGAAGGCUCGCCGGAAUACAUGGUAGCUUCAGCGGAUGGAACAGAAUCCGUUUCUCAAAAAAGUGGGAAGAAAAGAAGAAGGGAAAAGCACAAGAGAUAUUCUCCAGAUCCGAUAACUGGAGUCAAACAGAGAAAGAGGAAGCACAAAAGGAAAAGUUUGGACAUUGAAAAUCCAGAAGUUCAAAGUCAACCGGAAGUUCAUAGAAGAAUCACGAUAAAAAUAAAACCAAUUCCGCGACCGGAAGGCGACGAAGCCUCGGAAUCGAGUCCGCAAAUGUUUGUAGCUACUUCUACGAGUACAGAAAUCACAUUGCCGCCGCCGCCGCCGCUACCUGUGCCGCCUCCGGCUGCUAACGUGCCCCCGGCACUAAAUGUGUCCGUAAAUAGCAGUGGUCGACUAUCAACGGGAACAAAGAGAGGAAAAGAUACGGAUCUUAUGACGCAAUGCAACGUCUGUGAUACUCCCGGUACCAACCAAAAUCUCGUUAUGUGUGACGACUGUAAGAAGUGCUAUCACUUCACGUGCUUAGAUCCCCCUGUGAAAAAGUCUCCGAAAAGGAGAGGUUAUUCGUGGCACUGUGCCGACUGCGAUCCUAGUGCCUCUGAAACUGAGACUUAAUAUCAACAAUUUUCUAUCUGCAGCUACAAUUCCACGUUUACAUAAAUAAGGCAUUCAGUGUCAUUAUGUUUUUUUGUAAGAUAUACAAAAUCAUAGAAAAGAGAACCUUUUUUGUAAUUUAAAGAAAAAGAUAAGUUUAUGAAAAUUAUUUUUAGAAAUUCGUUAGAUAUGAUUUUAUUUGAGUCUUAGCAUAGUUCGCGCUAUUAUCUUAUUUUCUAUGAUUUCUUUUACUUUCCUCUAACGCUUUGUAGUUUUAUAUAGCAAUUUUGUGCGGAAAAAAAAUCAAAUAAAUUGUAUAGUAUGAAAUAAAAGGAAUAUACAAAAGAAUAUUUUUGCAUGGGACAAA